UCAGAUCGAGGGUACAAUGAAAACACACUAAAAAGGAAGGAAAGAAUAUUUACAAAAUGGCAGACAAGAACUCUUCUCGUGUCCUUUAUUAUCAUCCCCAGAUGAAGGUGUUGGCAACCUCUAUAGUGCAAACAUGUCGGAAUUGGAAGAGUACAUCGGGUGAUGAAAGAAUCAGACAAGGUAUUGAGCUUAAAGAUACAAUAAAAUGGGAAAAGUUCCCUGAUGGAUGGCCAAAUCUUUUCAUUGAAGAUGUCAAGAAAGACUGUGCUGGUCGAGAUGUUAUCUUUCUUGGGACUCUUCAUUCUCCUGAGCUACUGUUUGAGCAACUUUCUGUUGUAUACAGUUUACCAAGAUACUUGGCCCAUUCUGUUACAUUUAUUAUGCCAUAUUUCCCCACUGGAACAAUGGAGCGAGUGGAAUUAGAGGGUCAAGUUGCAACAGCAUCGACAUUUGCAAGACUAUUAUCAGCUACGCCACUUUCCGGCAGAGGGCCUUGUCAACUGGUUAUGUAUGACAUUCACGCUUUGCAGGAGCGGUUCUACUUCUCUGAUAGCAUAAUACCUCGAUUAGAAUCAGCCAUACCCCUAUUACUCCGCGAACUAAAGACUUCAGACACUUCCAAAAUAACGAUUGCCUUUCCAGACGAAGGAGCUUUUAAGCGAUUCCGAAAUAUGUUUGACGAGAACUACCCCUUGAUUACCUGUAUCAAAAUAAGGGAAAAUGGAAAAAAGAUUGUUAAGAUCAAAGAGGGUCAGGCAAUGAAUCGUCAUUGUAUCAUAGUGGAUGACCUCGUCAUGACAGGGGGUACCCUGAUUGAGUGCGCCAAGGUACUAAAAUCAGCUGGAGCCUCCAAAGUGAGUGCUUAUGUCACACAUGCAGUCUUUCCUAAAGAUUCUUGGAGGAAAUUUCAAACAUGUGAGGUGGCAUUUGAAAACUUCUACAUCACUGAUUCAAUUCCACAUGCUAUAGAGAUAUCUAAGAACCGACCGUUCACACUGCUAUCACUGUGUGAUGCCAUCUCUAAUGCUUUAUUAGGGUUUGACCUAUUAAGAAACUAAACACUUCAUUUUAUGAUGAGUUUUGUGGAUGGGGCUGUGCCAGUGAUCCACCAAUAGAAAUAUGAACUGCUUGUAUGAACUUAAAGUUUAUAACAAAAUUAUCCUCUAUUAAUUAUCAUUUAACUUAUACACAUAUACAUAGAAGUUAUGUAACACUCAUAUUCUGGGCUUUAUACAUCCUUAACCUAUACAACACCCCUUUUCAAUGACACAGACAUACUACACCCCUUCCCCGAUAAAUGCCUUCAGAUGCUUCAAAACCAUUAGGAAAGUUGUAUUGCUUGAAGGUAAGCUACACAAGCAGCCAUAGAACACUUUUCAAUGCAUAUUUACAUACCAUAUCAGCACCAAUGAAAGGACAAUGUUUAAGGAGAUGGGCUAAAGUAGCAUUGAAUGCAAAUGUAGCUUGUGAUAAAAUCUAAAUGGACUCAAGGUGAUUGAAGAUACAGGUCUUGAAAUCAAAACCUGUGAUCUAAGAUCCAAUCAUUCCACCAAGUAGGCUACCAGCUAAUCUUCAUAAUGGCUUGUAAUAUUCUUCUCCUCUAUGCAGACAUACAUACAGUGACACCUGAAAUUAAUCGAAUUUACUGUAGUUUCAUAUGCUUUUAUAGAAUUGAAAUUUAGUUUUUUAUUUCUAUGUAGAUUUAAUAUUGGGAUAUGAUAUUGAUUUUGUUAUUUGUUUUGCUAAUUUAGAACUUGUUUAAUUUAGAGAUAAUUUUAGUUGUAAACUACAUGUCUAGUUACAUGGAAUUUUAAGUAUUUAAAUUUAAAGAGAUAUUAAAUUGUAACUUGGAAGAAAACUAUCUGGUAUAUAUUAAAUUCUUCAAAUAAAUGAAUUAUUUUAAAAGACUAGUUAAUCUUAUUUUCGAGCAUAUUGAGAAAUUUUAAUUGAAGACCUGGUAUCAUAUUUUGACUGUUGUCAGUAUUAACAAAAGAGGUUUCUGAAAUUGUCUUGUCGUUGAAUUUUAUCUGUUGUAAGAGGAAGAUCUAAUAAAAACCUUACAUGACUAUCCGUCUAUUUGGAAAAAAUUUAAUUUUAGCAUCGAUAGUUGCGCACUAUUUUAGACCAUAUUCAGUGCAAGUCAAAGCACUAGACUUAUCGCUACAGAUACAUCUAAAAGUUUAAAAUAACUGAUGGUUGAAACAGAGGAACCUUAUAACUUGAAUCAAUUGCUGAGAGAAAACAAGUACAGACAUGCUUCCAUUUUUUCAUCGGUUCAUCUGAAAACAUUACUGAAAAGAUAUGUGAAGAUAUAUCAGAUGUACAAGGAAUAGAAAAUGUGAAAAGCCAGAAAUCCAAAUCUAAACUUGCUAAAUAACAUUCUGGAUUACUAUAACUUUUCCAAAGACUUGUUUUUACUUUUACUGUCUUUACUAUUACAGGAAAAUGUCAAAGUAUCUUUUCUUUCAUAUAGAAAGGUCUUGGCCUCUUGAUAAAUCUGUAUGUUCAUCAAAAGAAGAGGCAUGGAAUUGUGGUCCAAUCUUUGGCCUUGAUACAAUCAUUUCACCAUCAUCUUGCAUCAAAAACGAUCACUGACAGAUGUUAAGAAAGCAAAUAAAAAAUUUAUAUAAAAGUUGUUGUUAAAUUAACCUUAUAUAUUAUAUCAUAUAGUUUGAUCAAAAUUUAUAGAACAUUGUCACGAUAAAAACAGAUUGACAUGGAAAGCAGUUUGACAUGAGGGAGAGGAAGAUAGAUUGAUAACCAUGGUAACAAAGUGACAGACAAGAUAGUGUUCUGUGCUUUUCUGGAAUUAAGUUAUUUGAAUAAACCUUUCACUAGAAUUCUUGGUAAUGGUAAGUCUUUUAAAUUUAUUCAGAUUGAAAUACUAGAAUAUAAUGUUUGGCCAACAGAGGCCAGAUAAAAUAAGUAAACCAGACUAAUCAUAAUGAAAGAAUGUGUUUUCAGGCCAUGCUGGGAAUAAAAUGGCAGGGGUGCAAUGAAUCACACUCCUUGUGGUGCCAAGGCGUGCAAUGGUGUGCUAUUGCACCAAAGUACUUAAUAAUACAGUCAGCUGUAUAUGGACUAGACUACAUAACUUUAUCAUAAGAAAACAUAAGCAAGGCUAGUCCAAUCAAUACAUUUUAUCAAACAAGCUUUAUUAACGUCAAACCCAACAUAUUAAAGAGAAAAACAUUAACAAUAAGGUAGGUUAAUUAUUAUGUAAUCCUGCAGUUUAUAAACCCUUCUGGUCUGCUUCUCCUGACAAUCUCGUUCUCAAAAUUUAAGAAUUCUAACUGUGUUUUCACCAUAAAGAAAACUUAUCUGUUGACUAGUGUUAGAACGAAUUAAAUGGUUAAUUGCACGUUUAUAUUUUGUAAGAAAGCUACAGUAGCUAAAUCCUCACAAUUCAAAGUCUCUUAAUUUUGGAACAUUUUUGGCCACAUUUUAUUAGUAAAAGUUUCUAAAGAGUUUUGUAUUUGCAUACAGAUUAGAAAAAUGCACAUAAAGUAAACUGUAUAUAGAGGAAUUGUGAGUCCUGAGAAAACGGGAUUUUACUGAUCGCACUUGCAAGAUACACUCGUAAACCACAGUGUAAUCUGGGUCAAAUCAUUUAAAGCUUAAAGAUCAAUAAGCCUGUUUAAAUAAACAAAGCCUUACAUGUGCCAUGGGGUUGUAUCUACAGUGGAAUCCCGAUAUAAUGAACUCUGAAGGGAACCAGAAAAUAGUUCGUAUAUCGGGAGUUUGUUAAACCGAGAGAUAAUGUUUUUUGGGGGUCCUUUCGCAGUUCACGCCUAAAAAACCUGUGGUGGGCUUGUUUAGGCUAUCUCCAACCUCUGUGCACAUGUACAGCCAUACAUGUACCAUUUAACUCAAAAAAACCAAUCUGAAUUCAAAUAAUACAACUGGCUGGUCAUUGAAAAUGAAAAUCUUAAUGUUCCUUUUAUAACUUGGGACCAAGAGAUUGGCAAAGCUGGUAUCAUUUCGCUCCUAGUUGGUGCCUGAAUGAUGUCUUCAAUUACUUCACAUUCUUACUUGUCUUUUUCUGCUUCUCCAUCUGGGUCUCUCAAUAAAGUUUUGUCGUCGCUUAUUGCUAAUGCCUUAGAUGUAAGAAGUUAUUUGUUAGUGUCAAUGUACUCAUUCGCAGUAAUUUCUGACGCAAUCGAACUUUCAUCUCGUGGUCUGAGUGUAUCAGCCCGGGCUUGAAAUGUAUCAUCGGCAUGUUUUGCCAAUUAUAAAAAUGAUUUCUCCCCAAGAGAAAGUGAUAAAUGAAUACCGAAAAUAAAUAAACAAAAAUAGCAGAUGAAGAAUUUAUGAAAGUUCGUUAUAUCAAGGGUAAUUAUGAUGAAGGGACCUAAAAAUGGUUCGUGAUAACGAGAGUUCGUUAUAUCCGGGGUUUGUUAUACCGAGAGAAUUUGUAAGGAGUUUGUUAGGCAGAAUCCAAGCAUUUAGUUCCUUAUACCGGGAAGUUCGUUAUAUCCGGGGUUCGUUAUAUCGUGAUUCCACUGCAGUUAUUGCAAAUGAGACAAGCGACCACAACUGCAAAGCAAGGAUUAUCGGCCUAAAAGGUCGAGCGAUUUUCAGACCUCAACUCAAAACUUUGAUAAAGAAAUUAUGGAAACUAUCGUUUACAGGGGUUUUUCGUCACUUUCAGAACUUCUGUUAGUUUUAAACAUGGUAUCAUCGUGUGCCUUGAAAGUCCGGCUACUAGAAUCUGAAGAAAUCGAGAAGUGGAUGUUUUCAUUCAAAAAACGUUUACCAUAACUUUAAACAAAUUAGAAUAUUCGCCAAAUUUUUCGUCAAGUAGAAAUCAAAUAGAAACAAUUGCGUGAUUAUCACCGUUCGUUUAUAGUUGAAUUAUGAUAAAAAAAUUACAUUGGGCCAUAUUGGUCACUUUAGAAUAAAGUGUUAUUUGCAGAUUAUUUAAGGCGUGCGAUAAACUGCACUUCUGAGCAACGGAAGGCGUGUGCCAAGGCGUGGGCGUGCGAUCGCACGCCAUUCUCAGCAUGGCCUGUGUUUUAGUUUGCUUGCACUCAAGUACAACUGAAAAGUAAUUGAAGAAUAUAACCAUGAGCAAAAACAGGAAAUAAAUUCCAGUGCUCUCUGAAAAAGGAUACUUCUUCGUGUUCUUUUCUUGUACAUGAUUCUUUGUCCACAUUCUCUACAUCGGAUAGGGUCCCUUGCUUUUAUUUCGUUCUCUGUAUGGCAUUCUAUAUACAAAAGAUGGGUGUGUUUCUAGCUGAAGUAUGAUAAUUUUCAACAGUU